GCAGAGUCCAGCUGGCCUUGUGGACUGAGGGCAGCACCAUCAAUACCUCCUGGAGGGCUGGCAGGUGGGGGGUGAUGAGGGACUCCCCCUCCACGUGGAUGCACAGAUGGGGAGGGCCCAGCCUGCGGAGAGUUGGCGGGCUGGGCCGAUCUCUCACGUCCACCCCUCCCCCACAGGCCACGACAUCAACGGCGCCCUGGAGCCCUCCAACAUAGACACCAGCAUCCUGGAGGAGUACAUCAGCAAGGAGGAUGCCUCUGACCUCUGCUUCCCUGACAUCUCUGCUCCAGCCAGUGCGGCCUCCUACCCCCACGGGCAGCCAGCGAUCCCCGGCUCCAGCGGGGUCCACCACCUGAGCCCCCCCGGGGGCGGACCCUCCCCGGGUCGCCAUGGCCCCCUCCCACCCCCGAACUACAGCGCCCCGCUCAACUGCAACAACAACAACGGCAUAGGUGCUGCCCCCAAGCCCUUCCUUGGGGGCUCUGGGCCCCCCAUCAAGGCAGAGCCCAAGGCUCCCUAUGCCCCCGGCACGCUGCCAGACUCCCCCCCAGACUCUGGCUCCGAGGCCUACUCCCCCCAGCAGGUGAAUGACCCCCAUCUCCUGCGCACCCUAACCCCUGAGAGCCUGUGCCACGUGGGGGUGCCCUCCCGCCCGGAGCACCCCCCACCGCCGCCCCCGCCGCCCCCGCCUCACUACCCCGUCCUGCAGCGGGAUCUGUACAUGAAGGCUGAGCCUCCGAUGCCCCCCUACGCUGCCAUGGGGCAGGGGCUGGUGCCCACCGAUCUCCACCAUACCCAGCAGUCCCAGAUGCUGCACCAGCUGCUGCAGCAACACGGAGCCGGAGCCGAGCUCCCCACACACCCCUCCAAGAAGAGGAAGCACUCCGAAUCACCCCCCAACACCCUCAAUGCCCAGAUGCUGAAUGGAAUGAUCAAACAGGAGCCCGGGACCGUGACAUCCCUGCCACCGCACCCAGCUCGAGCCCCAUCCCCACCCUGGCCUCCCCAGGGCCCGCUCUCACCCGGCCCUGGCUCCUUGCCCCUCAGCAUCGCCCGGGUCCAGACACCGCCUUGGCACCCCCCAGGUGCACCCUCACCAGGUCUCCUUCAGGACAAUGAUAGCCUCAGUGGCUCCUACCUGGACCCCAACUACCAGUCCAUCAAGUGGCAACCACAUCAGCAGAACAAGUGGGCGACACUGUACGAUGCAAACUACAAAGAGCUGCCCAUGCUCACCUACCGCGUGGACGCCGACAAGGGUUUCAACUUUUCGGUGGGCGACGACGCCUUCGUCUGCCAGAAGAAGAACCACUUCCAGGUGACGGUGUACAUCGGCCUGCUGGGCGAGCCCAAGUACGUCAAGACGCCCGAGGGCCUCAAGCCCCUCGACUGCUUCCACCUGAAGCUGCACGGCGUGAAGCUGGAGGCCCUCAACCAGUCCAUCAACAUCGAGCAGUCGCAGUCGGACCGAAGCAAGCGGCCCUUCAACCCCGUCACGGUCAGCCUGCCCCCCGAGCAGGUCACGAAGGUGACUGUGGGGAGGCUGCACUUCAGCGAGACCACCGCCAACAACAUGCGCAAGAAGGGCAAACCCAACCCUGACCAGAGGUACUUCAUGCUGGUGGUGGCCCUCCAGGCCCACGCACAGAACCAGAACUACACGCUGGCUGCCCAGAUCUCAGAACGCAUCAUCGUGCGGGCCUCCAAUCCGGGCCAGUUUGAGAGUGACAGCGACGUGCUGUGGCAGCGGGCGCAGGUGCCCGACACCGUCUUCCACCAUGGCCGUGUGGGCAUCAACACAGACCGGCCCGAUGAGGCGCUGGUGGUGCACGGCAACGUCAAGGUCAUGGGCUCGCUCAUGCACCCCUCGGAUCUGCGGGCCAAGGAGCACUUGCAGGAGGUGGACACCACCGAGCAGCUGAAGAGGAUUUCGCGCAUGCGACUGGUCCACUACAGAUACAAGCCAGAGUUUGCCGCCACUGCUGGCAUCGAGGCCGCGGCGCCAGAAACGGGUGUCAUCGCUCAGGAGGUGAAGGAGAUCCUGCCUGAGGCCGUGAAGGACACUGGAGACGUGGUCUUUGCCAAUGGGAAAACCAUAGAGAACUUCCUGGUGGUGAACAAGGAGCGCAUCUUCAUGGAGAACGUGGGUGCUGUGAAGGAGCUGUGCAAGCUGACGGACAACCUGGAGACGCGCAUUGAUGAGCUGGAGCGCUGGAGCCACAAGCUGGCCAAGCUGCGGCGCCUCGACAGCCUCAAGUCCACCGGCAGCUCAGGCGCCUUCAGCCACGCAGGGAGCCAGUUCAGCCGGGCGGGCAGCGUCCCCCACAAGAAGAGGCCCCCCAAGGUGGCCAGCAAGUCAUCGUCUGUGGUCCCAGACCAGGCCUGCAUCAGCCAGCGCUUCCUGCAGGGAACCAUCAUCGCCCUGGUGGUGGUCAUGGCCUUCAGCGUGGUGUCCAUGUCUACACUGUAUGUGCUGAGCCUGCGCACCGAGGAGGACCUGGUGGAAACUGAUGGCUCUUUUGCCGUGUCCACUUCCUGUCUUCUGGCCCUGCUCCGGCCCCAGCACCCUGGGGGGAGUGAGGCCAUGUGCCCAUGGUCCAGCCAGAGCUUUGGGACCACUCAGCUCCGACAGUCCCCUGUGACCACUGGGCGGCCGGGCUCGCAGCCCUCUCUGCUGCUGGUUACCACUGGCCUGACCAGCUCGGCCCCAGCUCCAGCCCUCCGCACCUUGGACCUGUGCUCCAGCCGCCCCUGCCCAGUCGUCUGCUGCUCCUCGCCCAGCCCCAGCCCCACCCCUGCCCCUAGCUUUAAUCCUGGCCGUGGUCUCAGCCCCAGUCCCGGCCCCUCCACCAACCGCUCAGGCCCCAGCCAGAUGGCCCUGCUGCCAGCCACCAACAUCAGAGCCAAGUCCUGGGGCCUGUCAGCCAACGGCAUUGGCUACUUCAAGCAUCCAAAGAACUCGGACCCUGUGGCCAGCCCUGCGGUCCCCUUUCCUGGAGGCCAGGGCAAAGCCAAGAACAGCCCAAGCCUUGGUCUCCAUGUCCGGGGCCGCCGAGGGGCCCCUCAGCUUGGCCUGAGCUCUGCUCAGCCCACCCAGGCCUGGAGCCAGCCAGUGGCCUCUCUCCUUGCAGACCCAGUGCCGUCCCUGACCUCCAUCCAGGUGCUGGAGAAUUCGAUGCCCAUCACGUCCCAGUACUGCUCCUCAGAGGAUGCCUGCAGGCCUGGAAAUGUCACCUACCACAUCCCCAUCAGCAGCAGCACGCCGCUGCACCUCCGCCUGACCCUGCAGAUGAACUCCUCGGCCCCCGUGUCCGUGGCGCUGUGCAGCCUGAUGUCAAAGGAGGAGCCGUGUGAGGAGGGGGGCUUUCCACAGAGCCUCCAUGCCCACCAGGACACCCAGGGCACCUCCCACCAGUGGCCAGUAACCAUCCUGUCCUUCCGCAGAUUCACCUAUCACUUCCGGGUGGCACUGCUGGGUCAGGCCAACUGCAGCUUGGAGGCCCCGGUCUGGCCGGCCGCAGACUACUACUUCCACUUCUACCGCCUGUGUGACUGAGCUGCCCAGGGAGGCAGC